ACUGUAACACAGAGUUUCUUAUUUCUUUUGAUUAUGAAGUUUCUAACUCAGAGGUUUGAUAAUUUGAUUUUUUUUCCCCUAAAAAUAAGUAAUUAUUUGAUUUUUUUUGGAACCAAAUCCAAGAAGCUCCAUAGUAAGCUUCCUGAAAAUUUACGGUGAAAUAAAAACAUUAAAACUUUUAACAAAAUAAACAAGACUCAUGUUUUUAUUUUUUUUUAAGGAGAUUUGAUUGGUUUAAAUAAAAUUCAGCAUCCAACCAAUUCGAAUAUGUAUGCUCAUGGACAUUAAAAGAUAAAUACUACAGCAACAACGGUUAAAUUAAUUAAAAAAUAUUUUAGAAUAAUAAUUUUAAAUAUAAUUAAAAUAAUUAUUUUGUUUAUAUGAAAAUAAAAACAACGGUUAAAUUAAUUAAAAAAUAUUUUAGAAUAAUAAUUUUAAAUAUAAUUAAAAUAAUUAUUUUGUUUAUAUGAAAAUAAAGGUAAUGAUUUUUUUUUAAAAUUUUGUUUUGAAAAUUUUGAAAAGAUGUUGGAAUGAAAACAAUAGAUUUUCUUUUUGUAACUAAAACUUGUGAUGGAACGGAGAUGACGAAUAUUCUUUAUGGUUUUAAUGAUUGUGAUGUUAUUAAUUGUUUUGAAUUUAUUUUAUAAAAAAUAUUAAAAAAUGAUUUAAGAUUGUAGCGGUCUAAUUAGCCACAACCACGUAAAUUAAUAACUGUUUGAAGAUUGUGUAAUUUAAAAAAAAAAAAAUUAAUAUUAAAAUAUGCGAGGAAAACUCAUUUUUUUAAAAAAUUAUGAGCUGACGUAAAAUAUUUUUACACUAUUUAUUAACAAACCACAUGUAUCCCAUCAAAUUAUAUUUUUUAUUUUAAAACAUUAAUAUGAUUUAACAAUUUUAAAUAUUUUGAUUGAUGUGUAAUAUACACUAGCUUUGAACUCUUCUUUUAAUUAUUUGAAAUUUUUCUUUUCUUAAUUUUUUAUUUAAUAACUAAUAACUAAAUUCUUUUUCUUAUAAAAAUAACUAAAUAGAGUGAGAUAUGAAAAUCACGUUCGAAAUAUUCUUACAUAAUCAAAUAAAUAAAUAUGUUGAAAUUUGGUUUAAUUAUAAGUUUAAUGGUACUCCCUCCGUCUCACUUAUUACAUAAUCAAAUAAAUAAAUAUGUUGAAAUUUGGUUUAAUUAUAAGUUUAAUGGUACUCCCUCCGUCUCACAAUAAGUGUCAUCUUUCUAAUUUUUAUUUGUCUUAAAUUAUUUGUCCAUUUAGAAUAUUAAUGUAAUAUUUAUUAUUUCUUUUCAUUAACUUACCCUUAAUUAUUGUAUUUUAAUUCAUUUAAGUACUCCACUACCUAUUAUUAAUAAGGUUAUUUUAGUAAAUAAGACUCAUUUUAUCAUUGAAAUUAACCUAAUUAAUCAUUUUCUGUGAAAAUUUUAAAAAGGACACCUAUUAUGAAAUGGAGGAAAUAGUUGGUAAUGUACUGUGACUGUAAAAAAUUAUAACACAUUUAUUCAAUCAUAACAUUUCAAAUUACAAAAAUCAUUUAAGUGUUUUAAAAUUUACGGUCUGAUUUACAUUGUGAGUGCACCAUUUAUUUUCUCUUUAAUUAUUAUCAUUAAAAUUUUUUUGUAAUUUAUUAAAUGAUAAAUAUAUUUAUUUAUAUAUAAUUCAAAUAUAUUAUUCUUUAUUUAAUUUUUAUUUUAAAAUAAAAAACAGAGAUAAAUUUUACUCGGAAGGGUAUGGAGCCCAAUUGCGAAAAAAACAAAAAAGACAAGACCUUUUGAAAGAAAAAAUAGUUGGGUAAUUACAUUUUUUUUGGCGGUACUAGGUAAGUGAAAAGCCUUUUUCAAGUUUGUUUUUUCCUUUGGAGAUUUUCAAGUUAAAUUUGAUAAAGUAAAACUAGAUGAGUAUGAUUAUGGUGAGUUUAAACAUUGAUGUGAUACUAUUUAUUAUGUUGAGUUUAAGAAAAAUAAUUAGCAAAAUUUAGUCUUAAAUAUUUCUUUGUGUAGAUUAACAAAGAAAAGGAGCAAAAGUAAUUAAAAUUAAAUAAAAAUAAUAUAACUAUCCAAGUUUUAAUUUUGAACAAAAUAUGAACUCGAAAUUUUAAUUCAAGACUAUAUAACUAAACUAAGCUUGUAAAAAUGAUUCAUAGCUGAUAAUUUUUAAAUUUGUUGAUGACCGUCAAGCUAAAUAAACUACUUGACUUGAUUGAAUUUGCAGUGUUUUUUUAGAAUUAGUGGUUAAACUUAUUUAUACUUCCCUCUAGUCUUUAUUAUAAGAGGAACUUUAAUUUUUAGAUUAAUAGAGUGAUUAAUGUAUCUAGUCUAAAUAUAGGCCAAAUACAUUAAUCAUUUUAUAAAUUUAAAAAAUAAUUUUUUUCUUAUAAUAAGGACCAUGGAGUAUUUAAUUAGACUUUUAUUGAAGUAAUUUUAUGUUUUUCGAUUUGACAUUUUAAAAAGUAAAAUAAAUUUAUGUUGAGUUUCAAAAAUUAAAAAACUAAAAUUAAUUUCUAUUUUGAAUUAUAAAAUUUUCAAAAAGCAAAAUUAGUCAAAAACAUAAAUAAAAAUUUAUGAUAAACAUAUUUUAAUUUAAAUAAUUUGUAGAAGUAUGCCUUAGAACAUUGAAAUUUUUUUUUUAAAUAUACAGGUUUAAAAAAAAAUCAGUUUUUCAGAAAAUUUAUCAAAAUGUCUAGGUUUGGCAGCAGACCUAGGGGUAUGCGCCAAACCAUUUGGCGCAAAGGUACAAAAAGUGGUUGAAUGUGCCAUUCCAUUUGGCGCAAAGGAAGAUCCCACAUAGGUUAGCCAUUUCAAAUGGCGCCUAUGUGGGUUUUGUAUUUUUUUUGUUACAAUUAAUAAUUGAAGACCUAUUUGGACUACCGGAAACAAAUAUAGAAACAACGAUUGAAAUAAAUAAAGUCGAAAGUAAAUAAUUUUAUUAAUUUUCAUGGAAAGAUAUACCAGAAACAACAACUGAUAUAUUUAAUUCCUAAAAAACCCUAGUGUCCUUCAUCACCAUAACGCCCUUCCGUUCCGCAUCUAGGUGCUUGUAUAUUACGCCGAGGACGUGCGUUGUCGUCGCGAACCCUAGGGCCACCCCUUCCCCUUCCCCCUCCUCUUUGUGGUUCAUGUUGCGUUUGUGUAGAUGACCCUAGAAUUGUGUUGUCCUAGAUGUCACUGUCCAGGAAUUCGUCAAGGCCACCAUAAUGUCCCGGAAGCCGACUGUUGUAAAGUCGGUUACCCAAGCCCUCAAAUGUGCUAAACGGUGGUGGGGGAGUAGGGUGAGAUACGAACUCUGGUUGGUAGCACUCAGCCGCACUUGAACUAUCUUGAUAGAACCCAAACUGAUUGCUUGGUGUUGCAAACCCAAACAGGGUACGGUGGUGAGAUGAUUGUGAUAUUAAAGGGUAUCGGGGGUCAUAUUCAUCAGGUGGACCUUGAUCUAGACUGAGUUGGAGUCUUGAUAAACCAGCCUCAUUGUGCUGACUGAAUGACCUUGAGGACCCUGCCUCUUGGUAGUGGGAAGGGAGUCUAAGGCUUGAUAUUGGUUGGCCACGAGGUUGAAAAAGUGGCUGGGAAUGGGUAUGAUAUUGGUUGUCAUGUUGAUAGAGUGGUUGAGACUGAGUUUGGAACGAGUUAAAUUAGCGGUAGUUUUGUUGGUUGGAGAGGUAUUGGUAUUGGGGGUAUUGUUGUUGUUGUUGUUGUGUGUAUUGUGGUUGUUGUUGGGUGUAUUGUUGUUGUUGUUGUUGGGUUUGUUGUUGCUGUUGGGUUUGUUGUUGCUAUUGAGGUUGUUAUUGUGGGAUGAUAUAAUUUUGUCCUGGUUGUUGCAAACGUUAUUGAUCAGUGUGCGUUCGUCUUGUCCCAUAAUGUUGGAAUCUUCAGAACAGACAUUGAUCAGUGUGCGUUCGUCUUGUCACAUCACGUUGGAAUCUUCAGAACAGACACAAAUCAGUGCGUUUGACUGUAGGCGUGUUAAUAAACAGUCCGCAACAGUGAUAUUUUAGGCUACUUAAGAAUGCAACCUCUCUUUACACCCCAACACACGCAACCAAACACUUAUCCAAAACACACAGCCUAACACUUAUCCAAAACAAUGGCAUCCCCACCCUAAUACGUAGUCGAUGCCCAUCUAAACGGUGAGACAUUCAUGUCUGAAACAACUGAUUUUCUGAUGAGGAACACUGAAGUUGUUACAUUUUCGUUGAGCAGAAAAGCCAAUUUUACAUACUUCCGUAAGAAAUUAGAGGCUAAGAUUGCUAUGGGGCAUGUUGCACAAAGUUUCUACCAAUAUUGUUUUUUCCAUGACAACAACCUGGUUAAGUUUUACCAGGUUGAAGUUCAAAAUGACGAAGACCUACAAGAUAUGUUUGCUAUUCACGAAUAUUCUGGGUACGAACGCAUCGAGCUGUAUGUUACCAUACAGGUCGAUACACAACAAUCACGUGUUGUUCAAUCACAGGUUAUUGACUCACCCGUCGAAGAACAAGCAGAGGUGGAUGUUAUAGACGAAGAAGAAGAUGAACAGGAAACUGAAGUUGACGACAUGGUCAAUGAAGAAUAUGAAGACGAGCAGGACAUUUCGGUGUCUCUAGGUCAUGUGUACGAACCACAUGCACAUAUGACUAACUUGAACUUACAAGGCGACGAACCUUCAUCCAAUAUCUUCUUCACCUCGUACAUUCAAAGUGAUGAAGUGCUAAGGAAAGGAGAUAAGUUUCCUUCUAAGGAGGCAUGUCAGAGAACUAUCAAAAAAUGGCACAUGGCAAAUAAUGUUGAUUUUGAAGUAGAUCGCCCGAACCUAGAAAGAUAUAUAAUCAUUUGUAAAAACCCUGAGUGUGCAUUCAGACUGUGUGCUUCGUAUAGGAAGAGAAGUGAUGCCUGGGUCAUAGGUUCGAUUUCACAACAACACACAUGCGUGAACUCCAAUACGUCACAAGAUCAUACAAUGCUUAGUUGUGAUCUUAUCUGUCAGGAGAUCUUGCCUCUAAUCAACUGUGACCCGUCUGUGAAGGUGAAAACGAUUAUCUCGCAUAUCGUUACCGCAUACAACUAUACUCCAUCCUAGAGAAAGGCCUGGAUAGCGAAAACAAAGGCCAUUAAAAUUAUGUACGGAAAUUGGGAGGAGUCAUACAAAAAUCUUCCACAUUACGUUACUGCGCUUCAAACAUAUGCUCCUAACACCGUUUCUAUUCUAGAGACAUUGCCAGCGCAUGGCCGAAUGGAACCCGUGUCCAAGGUAAUGGAAUAUUCCACCGCGUUUUCUGGGCUUUCCAACCUUGCAUACUAGGAUGUGCAUAUUGUAAACCUAUACUGCAAAUCGAUGGAACUUGGUUAUAUGGUAAAUGCAAAGGAACCAUGUUGAUGGCUGUUGCACAAGAUGGAAACAGCAACAUAUUUCCGGUAGCAUUCGCAAUAGUGGAAGGUGAAACUGUCGCGGCUUGAAGUUUCUUUCUAAGGAAUCUUUGAGAAUAUGUUGCUCAUCAACCUGAUAUUUGUUUAAUCUCUAAUAGGCAUGCUUCCAUUGAAAGUGCUUACAACAAUCCAGCAAACAGAUGGCAACACCCACCAUCAACACAUGUCUACUGUAUUCGCCAUAUUGCCCAGAAUUUUAUGCGGGAGAUUAAGGAUAUGCACCUCCGGAAAACACUGAUCAAUGCAUGAUAUGCAUUAACACAACCUACAUUCCAACAUUAUCGGAGUGAAAUUGUAUUGUCAAAUCCUGAGGUGGGAAGUUGGAUUGAUAACCUAUCCAGUGAGAAAUGGACCAGGGCUUUCGACAACGGCGUGCAAUGGGGCCACAUGACACCAAAUCUAGCCGAAUCCAUGAAUGGUGUUUUUAAGGGCAUUCAAAACCUUCCAAUCACUGCACUGGUGGAGUGUUGUUAGAGAAUUAAGUCAACUGUUCAACGAGAGUUGCAUGAAAUUUAUGAAAGAACAAUCAACGAAGGCCAACAGCCAUCAUGUAACUUCUUUCGAUCGAUUCAACCGCACCUUCGGUGUUCGAGAAACAAUUGACCACAAUGAAGGAAUGCCGAGACAACAAUAUCGGGUUCUACUAGAUGAUCAGUGGUGCGACUGUGGAAAGUUCCAAGCAUUUCGUAUGCCUUGCUCACAUGUUAUAGCAGCAUGUGCAUUUGCGCACCGAGGCGCAUUAUCAUUACUAUCUCCAAUUUACAAGGCAGAGACAUUGCUCCAGAUAUACAGCGCUGCAUUUCCAGUGGUAGCGAAGGAGGAUUACUGGCCUGAGUAUGAUGGGGAGGUAGUUUGGCAUAAUGACACGAUGCGACGAAAUAAAAAGGGUCGUCCCAACAGUACUUGCAUUCGAAUCGAAAUGGACGUGCAUGACAAAAUGGAAAGAAAAUGCAACAUUUGUCGUCAACUAGGCCACAACAAAAAGAAAUGUCCUAGCCGUGGGACAACCUCAUCACAUGUUUAAUCAACUUUGUAACAUAUUUUUACGAUAAUGUAUCGACUUCGUGUAUCGAUUUUGUAACAUAUUUUUUAUCAAUGAACUCUACUUUAUUAAACGGCGGAAUCGACAACACAAACAUUAAUUAGGGUUAAUAAUAAUUAUACGAAAUCGGCGUAUCGGGAAAUUUUACGAAAAUCAAAGACCGGAAUCGAAAACUUUGUCCGAAUUGAAACAAAAUGGGGUAUUUUUUUAAAAAAAUAACCCAAACACAUAGGAGCCAUUUCAAAUGGCGCCUAUGUGUGAACAACACAACCAAUGCGCCAUUCCAAAUGGCUUGCCCUAUUCCCCAUAGUGUUUGCUCCAUUUGAUAUGGCUAGGUCACAACCAAUGCGCCAAAUGGUUUGGCGCAUACCCCUUGGGUGUCUGUCAAACCUAGACAUUUUGGUAAAUUUUGUGAAAAAAUGGUUUUUUUUUUGUAUUUUUUUUAUUAAACAUGGUUAUUUAAAUUUUUUUCUAGAACAUUACUUAAUAAAGAGAAUGAAAUCAUAUUGUAAGACAGUUAGAAAUUAAAGUUGUAUAAAAUUGAAAAGUAGUAAAGGUCGACUAAGGACGUCAAUCUCAUAGUGGCGUAGUACGACAUAUGCGACAAUAGCGAAUGUGUCACUGACGUUCACGAUUGCAAGUGAAUAAAGAGGUAUAAAGGGUUAAGAGUUGUGGGAAGUGGAAUCUGGAGAAUCAAAAUUUACCACCGACAAAUGUUUUAAUUUUAGUGAGUUUUAGAAGAUGAGGAAGAGCAAAGACUUGGAGAUGAAGAUUUUAUAAACUAUAGCGAAGAAAAUUGAGUUUGAGGCGACGGUUCCUACUAUGGAUACUAGUAGUAACGAUGGAAUGAAUACAAAGAAAUUUGAUUAUCAUUUUACUUGUGAUAAGGUAAAUAAGGAGAUUGUACCAUCUCAAAGACAUGAUUAUGCUAACCUUUGUAGAUAUGUUUUGAAUGUGGAUGAAGGUUGCAAAAUUCCGAAAUAGAGACCUUCAUGGAAGUAUUUGAAAGUCGAUGGAGUAAAAAAUGGUUGAAGAACGAUACUUAUGGGCUGGAUAUAUUGACUGAGCAGGAAAAAGGUGAUGGAAAGCAAGUGGAUGCAAAUGAAAAAAAAUCAAGGUUCAAGCGUAACUUGAGAUUAAGGUUGUUGAAUAAUGAUUUCAACAUAGUAGAGAGCAUCAAAAUGAUUGAUCAAAUUUGCAUCACAACGAUUUCAAAUCAAUGCAUAAAAUCGUAGAAGUAUGCCUUAAAACUUUAAGUGAUUAAGAAAAAGAAAAUCGUAUUUCGAGACUGUUAGAUAUUAAAGUUACAGAAAGUUAAAAAGCAGCAUAAAGAUUGAUGAAGGACAUCUUAACCAUGAUUUGGUGGACACGUCAACAACCAAAAGAAGCUCAAUAUGUGGCGGAGCUCUGGAGGCGGGCGACAAAGGGAGGAAAGGGUCCAGGCAAUGAGUCGUCCUUGGGCAUUAGUCUAAUUUUGGCGAUUUGCGGGUACUAGACUUGGACGUUUUUGUUCGUGAAUCCAUCAUUGGUGGAUCUUGAUUUGGACCGUUAUAAAUCUAUUGGAUUUCAAUAGUUAUGAAUACGUGUCUCUAUCAUCUUUUUAAAAUAACCUUUAAACGAUAGUCUAAAAAUAAAGGGUAGAUACAUUAAUCUUAAUUUGAAAACUUAGCGAUCCAAGGGUAGAAAUUCCUUGGAGUUCUUUGAAUUUGAGAAACCUUUUGCGAGAGAGAGAGAGAGAGAGAGAGAGAGAGAGAGAGAGAGAGAGAGAGAGAGAGAGAGAGAGAAUAUUUUCUUUGAAAUUUAUAUUUCUAGAAAUAGUUAUAAAGUGACCAAUCGUUAGUUGAUUUAGUGGUGAUUGGCGCUGAACAUGGUAGGGAGAACCACGGUUCGAUCCCCCGCAACUACGAUUGGGAGGGGCUGGAACCACUUGAAGUUAUAAUUUAUUAAAUUUAUUCUCAUGAAAAUAUUAUAUUCUCAUCCUUUAAGCCUUGGAAUAAAAAUAAAUAAGAUUUCCUGAAAUAAAAAAUACCUUAAUUUAUUUUAUAAAAUUUGAAUCAAACAUGAGAAUAUUGCAUUCUCAUAACCAUAUUCUACGGAAUAUUUUCUUGGGAAAAACUAACAUGUGCCCCAAGGGCACAAGUUAUUGAGAACGCGUGCAUUCAAUGUAUCGAAAUCUUAAAUAUGACUUUAUUGCAUUUAAUUAUAUUUAACUUUUUCCAAUUAUAGUAUCUUUAACAUGUGCCCUUAGGGCACGUGUUAGCAUGACCCUAUUUUCUUAUACCUUGAAACACCACCAAGUAUCAUCACUAACCAACCACGAUGAUCAUUGUUAACCAACAUUAUUACUAUCACCAACCACCGCACUAAUCACCACCACAACCAACCAUCAUUUCAUCCACUUCCGAUCACCAAUAUAAGCAACACUGACUCUCACCUUAACUACCAUUUAACUACCAUCGUAAACUACUAUCUACCAUCAUCAUUGACCGCCACUCCAACAACCACAUAUCAAUGGUAUAUCUAGCUCUGAUUCACCUAUUUGACCAUUAGUAACCACUACAAAUUACCGCAUUAAUAAUUGUUUUGAUCACUAUAACCACUAUUUGAUCACUAGCAAUCACCAGUCUAACUUAAAUUCGCCAAAAACGACCACUAUUAUCAAAAUUACUAUAAAAGAAAUACAUUAUAUAUUUGUAAGAUUUAAACUUCAUAAUGUAAAUUGUGUUGUGAAAACUCUAACAAUUCAAAUAAAUUUAUUGAUAUUUUUAAUGACACCAAUUUUUUUUGAUGUGUGACACAAAAAAUAAUAAUUGUGGCUGUUGAAUAUUAACUCGAUAUGUGUCCUUUCAACUUUAAAAUUAACUAGUUUUUAUGGAAAAAAACCUAAAAUAAUAAUAAUUUAUCUGAAAAAUGAAUACAAAUCUCAUAAAAAGGAAAACUACAAAUAUGAAGAAAAAAAACUUGUUAUAAUAAUGUAUAUUAUAAGAAAAUAACAAAAUAAUGAUGCUGUUACAUGUUGAAUCCUGUAUGCCUGUUUAUAAUUUUGUAAAAGUAUUAUUUUUAUUGAAUCAAACAUUACUUUUUUUAAUAUGUGUGUAACAACUUUAAAAGAUUUUUAUUUUAAGACGGAGGAAGUGUUGAGAAUCAAGUGUGAGUGUGGAUAAUAGUCCCACAUUGGAAAUGUGUGUGGUGACUUGAGCAUAUAUAAGUGGGAGAACCCACUCACCUAUCACCUUAAGGUUUUAGGUGGAGAAGUGGUGUCUCUCCCACAAAGGUGUUUUGCUCAAAGGAAUGUCCCGGAAAUUAUCAAUGCUCCCGAACUCGACCCUCCCCCGAUGUUGCGCUAACAAUGGUAUCAGAACCUGGUUCGAGAAAAAAGGGACCGGCAAAAACUUGUAAGACUCACACUUGAGGGGGAGUGUGGAAAUGUGUGUGGUGACUUGAGCAUAUAUAAGUGGGAGAACCCAAAUAAAUACCUGUUAAACUAUUUUAUCUACUUAGGUAAUGGAAGAACAACAACAUAAAAAACUGAGAAAUCUUCAAUCUGUUUGGAGAUGCUUAAGGUGUGGAUUAAUGUUAAACCUAUCACUUGCCUACAAUCUUUGCAAAAUUCUGUUUGGAGAUGCUUAAGGUGUGGAUUAAUGUUAAACCUAUCACUUGCCUACAAUCUUUGCAAAAUUGAUUUGUGAAUUAUUAAUCUGUACGGAGUCGAAUGGAGACAAAUUCUAAAGAAUGCUUCUGUGAAAAGUCUGAAAAAGUUAAACACAUAUUAAUACUAUAUAAUAAAGAUUAUAUAGAAAUAGAAAACUUGAAAAUCUCCGAAGUAAAAAACAACUUUAAAAGAUUUUUAUUCAAACAGACAUUAAUGCUAUAUAAUAAAGAUUAUAUAGAAAUAGCAUACAAAUGUUUAAAUAACAAAAUCAAUAUUUUUUUUUUUACAAACAAAAUCAAUAUUUUUAAAAAAUUAUAUAUUCAUUGUCUUAGGAGACACAAUAUUGCUAUGUAUAAGUCAUUGUAUUUUCGGUAAAAAAAUUAAUUACUUUUAGUAUUAGAAAAUCAAAAGUGUAAAAAAUAAAUGGUAUCAAAACUUGUUAAUUGUCAGAAGACGUUUAUUCAUGCUUGAUCACUUUAUUUGAAAUAGUUUUGAAAGUUGUCUGUCUCAGAAUAAAACCUCUAAUACUCAAUUUCAUCAGUGGAAAAACUCCUUUCAAGUCCAUACAUGUAUGUUUUCCUUCUACUCACCCAUACAUUAGAACAUGUGCUGGCCUAAAAGUCCAUCUCCCCUGUAGUCUUGUUUAAAAAUAAAUUUAUUAGAUAGAUAAUAUAUCUGAUCUAUAAAUUAAUUAUUUAAUAUAUUAGAUUUUUUUUCUUAUAAAUGAUAAUAGAAGGAAUAUAAAACAUCAAAACAAAGAAGAAAUAAUAGAGGUUGAAAGGUCUUGUCUUGUCAUGCCAAAAACUGUCUUAACAACCAAAUCAUUUUUUCUAAACAAUAAUCUUUUAUGAUGUUAUAUUUUCUUUUUAUUAAAGAAAUUAUCAUAUUUUUUUUAUUAAAGGGAGGGCCUAAGUCCAUCCAAUUACAAACUACUAACUUGAGGUUGUUGGCUAGCUUCAGCCAAUUCUGUGGGGUCAAGUAUCAUAUCUUGGAAAUCACUAAUAUUAAGUAGUUUAAAUUUUAGAUAUUUCUUUAUCAUAUUUAAUCAUAUAUAUUAAGUAGUUUAAAUUUUAGUUAUUUUCAAUUGAUAUUCUCAGCAAAAUAAUCAAACAAUAAUUAAUUUAAAUUGUUGAG